AUGAGGUAUGAGGAGGAGACCUCCAAGCGCACAGACAUGGAGUUCACCUUCGUCCAGCUGAAGAAGGACCUGGAUGCAGAGUGCCUUCGUCGGACCGAACUGGAAACCAAGUUAAAAGGCUUGCAGAGCUUCAUGGAGCUGAUGAAAAACAUCUAUGAGCAGGAGCUGACGGACCUGGCAGCCCAAGUGAAGGACGUGUCGGUGACCGUGGGCAUGGACAGCCGCUGCCACAUCGACCUGAGCGGCAUCGUGGAGGAGGUGAAGGUCCAGUAUGACGCCAUCGCGGCUCGCAGCCUGGAGGAAGCCGAGGCCCACUCCCAGAGACAGCUGGAGGAGCGGUCUGCCUGCUCAGCUGAGUUUGGGAACAGCCUCCGGAGCAGCCGCAGUGAGAUCGCUGACCUCAACGUGCGCAUCCAGAAGCUUCGAUCCCAGAUCCUCUCCGUCAAGAGUCAUUGCCUGAAGCUGGAGGAGAACAUCAAGGCGGCGGAGGAGCAGGGGGAGCUGGCCUUCCAGGACGCCAAAGCCAAGCUGGCCCAGCUGGAGGCCGCCCUGCACCAGGCCAAGCAGGACAUGGCCCGGCAGCUGCGCAAGUACCAGGAGCUCAUGAACACCAAGCUGGCCCUGGACAUCGAGAUCGCCACCUACCGCAAGCUGGUGGAGGGCGAGGAGAGCCGAAUGGACUUGCCUUCAGCUGCCAUGGUCAGCAUGGUGAAGUCCACAUCCAGAACCGCUGCCUCCAAGUCUAGCCUUUCGAGAGCCCCCGCCCGGAAAAAGAAGAACAGAAAAGGCCCUGUGAUCAAAAUCACCGAAAUGUCUGAGAAGUUCCUGUCGCAGGAGUCAGAGGUCUCAGAGUAAGGCAGCUGGAGCCCCGGAGCCUAGGUCGCCCCCCUGCAGCUGGAGGGACUUCAGCUAGACUCACGCAAGCAGCUUGGGACCUCUGGGUUGGGUGGGGAGGCAAACCUGAUCCUGAACUGAAAGGGGGAGGGUUCAAAACCGGGACAGCUUUUCUGUAGGUGGCUGGGGGUGGUACAGGGCUGUCACCAGCUACUAAGAAUCAUGCCGCUCCAUCUCAAUAUCUCAGUCCUACCCUUCUAACCUUCUUGCCAGAGGUCUGACUGGGUAAACUGAAACUGGGGGUCAGUUUUCUCUCCACCUCCUUUCUCUUCUGAGGCCCCUCCCCAAACAGAGGGCUUCCACCAAGGAACCUUUUUUGACCCUUUUCGCCCAACCCUUGCCCUAAACUCACUUACCAAGCCUUACCUUGCCUCUGCCUCAGGACCGAGGCUGGUGCCCUUGCUCACCCAGCCCCAGCCAGCCAUGAAUCAGGGGCUGAGGGGACUGCCUGGGCACCCUCUCCCCAUCUGGAGCUCCUGGGGAAACUGAGUGCUGAGCACCCCUGGGUUUCGCGCACCACUUGGGCACCUCCAGAGACCUGACAGUAUUAGGGAGUGAAGGGAGGAAGCUUCCCGGGUGUGUGGGACCUGAGCAUGGACCUCUGAGGUCAACCCAGAGACGUCUGUGCAGCUUCCGUCCUCCUGUGGGGCCCUCAUAGAGGGCCAGUCAGAAUUGGACAGGCUGCGCAGCCAGCUCCUGGCUCCUUCUCCAGAAGCUAUUCUUGCCAUGAUAAACCCCCUGUGAGAGGGAGGCUAGAUGGCAGCCUGAGACCAGGCGGGGGAAUUUGGCCCUCCCUUCUCCUCCCUGCCAUCCUGGGGUUCACCACCCUGCCCAGGAUCCAAGCUCUCUGCCCCCCACCCUCCACACCCCCCUCCCCACGCCUAGGUGUUUCCCAAGCCUGAAACCUGGCUUUGGUAGACCAGGCCCUGGAGACCCCUAGCCCCACCCCCAGCACCAAACCCUGGGCCACUUCCCAUGAAUCCCACCUCUCCGGGUCCCUGCUCUCUCCAUCAGGCCAAACAGCCCGGCCCUCCCCUCCAUCCUUCCUUGCAUUUACUGAGGAGCCCAGGAACACCCCGCACCUGUGGGGUUAGAGCUGCUUCUUUUCUUCCCUUUCUGCCCCCUCUCCCCACCACACCCACUUCCCUGCCUCCCGAGCAGGGGCCAUGAAGAAGGCACAGUCCAGGCAGGUCUGGGAGUUUCUGAGCCCUUCCGGUUGGGCUGGGGAGCCCCACUGACAACCAAAAAGGAAUUCUGCCUCCAAAGAGAAGAUAUGGUGCUGGGAGGAGCAUUCCUCUUUCCUUGUCUUGGCUCUCACCUUUGAGGCUUGCAGGGGGAUCCUGGCAUCUCCAGCCGCCCACUCCACCACCCACCCUCUCUCCUUCCCUCCCUGCUCCGUCCCUGUCCCUUGCCUCACUCCUCCGCUAGCCCCAGUCUUCCGUUCCUUCAUCUCACUUUUGGGGACAUCGUCCCCCUAGGCCUUGGCCCCAACAAGACCGCAAGGUCGUCCAUGCCUGUGGGGGGCGCUGAAGGGCUAAUGACGCUCAGGCCGGAGGGAACUCGGACGUAUACUCAUCCCGGAAGUCCCAAAAAGGGCGCUGAUUGCUGCUCUUUCUCUGCCUAUUUAUUGGUUUCCAAGGGAGCAAAUCCUCAGUGGGGAUGCAAGAUAUAUAAAGUAUAUGUAUUAUUUUUCGUAACUUAUGUGGCUUUUAACUUAUUGCUUCCCUUCCUGUUUCUGCCUAAUCAGUACUGUAUUUACUCUCUGGGUAGACAACACAUAUCCCAGCCACUCCACCCGGCUGGUUGACUAUCUUGGGGCAAUGCCCCCCUUCUCCUUGCCAAGGGAUGAAUAAAGUGCUGAGAUUUGUCCGUG